AUGAGCUGUUUCUAAUUCCGUGGGGCGGGCGUGUACGUGAGUGAGUGGCAGCUGCCCUCGGGGGAGGCGGCUCUGAAUCUCCCUCUCCCUGUUCGCUCAGUGAUCUCGGAGUUGGGUGGUUUGCGCGGACCCGCAAUAUAAGGACUGGCUGUGAGUUUGCUCGGCAGAUGCUGGCACCCAGCGGCUGUGGUACUGACCGCCGCUCACUCUCCACAUUGCUCAGGAUUCCUCUCAAGCUGCUACCAUGUGGGGGCCAUUCCUGUCACUGUUGAUCACUUCCAUUUGUUUAACCAAAGGAGUUCAGGCUGCGCUGUGGGGUGGAUGUGAGCAUGUUGAAGUGCAAAAGAAUUUUAGUCUCAAUCAGUAUUUGGGUACAUGGUAUGAAAUUGAACGAUUUUAUAAUGUCACUGAAGACCUCAGAUGUGUUUCUGAAACAAUAUCCUCGGCCUACAAUGGGAUAAGUACCGUAUAUGAGGUUACCACUUUGAUUACGAAGGGUAAUGAUGUGACUGCAUACACUGCAGAAUUAAUUCCACCUGACAAGAAAGCCAAAGAUCAAGCAAAACUAAAAUAUAGACUUGAUCAGAUAAUAGGGCAAGAGCAUUUCGAUGAUGGAAAUAUUUUACAUUACUGGGUGUUAGACACUGACUAUACAAGUUACUCUCUGGUAUUCUCCUGUGUAUCUUUCCUUGGCAUAAUGCACACCCCUUAUGCCUGGAUUUUUUCAAGAGAACGACAGCUGUCAGCAAAUAUCACACAGAACCUGCAUGGUGUCCUGGAAAGAUACAACAUUAAAACUGAAGAUUUUGUGAAAAUUAAUCAAGAAGGUUGCAUUUAAGAGCCAAUCAGAGUACAUAUAAAACAUUUUAAUGUGCGUCAAAAUAUACUGAUUUUUAGUUUACUCCAUUGUAAUUUAUACUGGAGUUAGCAUAUCUGAACUUAUAUAAUAUCUGCUGCAGUUGCUAUGAUGGACUAUGAAUUGAGUUAUCUUCAUCAAAAGUUCAGGAGUUUGAAGAAAUACCUCCAAUUGUCAAUAUCUAACCCCUCUGAAAUUCAAAUCAAUGAUAAAAUCUUGACUGGUCCAUCUAUCGAUGACCAUAAAUGCCUCUUAAAAUUCGAGAUAACUGGAAUCACACUUCAUGCAACCACCAUUUGGUCUAAGUACAGAGACUGGCUACUGCUAAUGAACAUGAAAGAGGUCACCAGACGGUGUCCAGUUUUGUACUCAACAGCUGAAUUUUCUGUUUGUGACGUUUCAAUUCAUAUUUUCUACACCCAAUCAUUUUAUUAGCUAGAAAAAUCAUGGACUGGCAGUAAAUAAGCAGAAAAUAUGAUUUCUAGCUAAAUGCCUUUAAUGUCACUCUUGGUUUGAUCUUCUAAUCAUUUGAUUGAAUAAUAUAAGAACAGCAAAUAAAUAAUGUGCAAUACUCAGAAAUUAGAUUAGCUUGGCAUUGACACAGUUAUUUGGCUUUGUGUGCUACAAGAGAAUCAGAAAUCUGUUAAACUAAGUGCUUUCUUCAGCAAUAAAAAUGAAAAAUUAAA